CCGCGUUCGGAUUUGCCAUCAUCAUCAAGCGACGUCUGCUCCGACCACUAUGACGAACUCGGCUCGGUCGUGGACGCCGAGUAGUUGGAAAGCUCGCAAGGUCACUCAGGAUGUCAUCUAUCCUGUCGAUCAGCAUGCCCCCGUCGCAAGUUCAUCCGCUAAUGGGCUAGCAACCGAAGGGCUCCCUGCCAACGAACGUCUUCACACUGUCAAGGCAAAGCUAUGUGCGCUGCCCCCGCUUGUCACAGCGCAAGAAAUCGAGCGACUGCGACAGCAACUCGCUGACGUAGCCAAUAGCAAAGCUUUCCUGCUUCAAGCUGGUCAUUGCGCAGAAUCUUUUGAGAUGUGCACGCAGGAGCAAGUCGAGUCUCAGCUCUCGCUGAUACUGCUCAUGUCACUCGUCCUCAUUUGGGGAGCGCGGAUGCCUGUCGUGCGUAUUAUGCGAGGCGCGGGGCAGUAUGCCAAGCCCCGUAGCAAGCCGACAGAGGUCCAUGAUGGCAAGGAGAUUUUAACGUUCAGAGGCGACAAUGUAAACGGCUUCGAUCCUGACGAUAGGACACCAGAUCCCGAUCGGUUGCUACAGGCAUAUUUUCAUUCUGCGACGACGCUCAAUUUUGUACGCGCUGUCCUCUCCUCAGGUUUUGCGGAUCUACAUCACCCUCGUUCCUGGUCGAUGGCGCACGUACGAUCGCCAGAACUGGCUAGAUCGUUCGAGAGUGUCAUAGAGCGACUGGAAGACUCGCUCGAUUUUAUUCGCGUCAUCGGCGGCGAUGCUUCAGACGCGCCAGCAGACACAAGCAAAAUGAGCGCCUUGAACAGCGUCGACAUGUGGACCAGUCAUGAAGGCUUGCUUCUGCACUACGAAGAGGCGCUGACACGAUCUCUUAAGAUACCGAGGCCGUCCGGCAAGCAGCAGGCGACGAUGGAGGCACCGCCUCCGAUCAAGAGCGACGGUCAGCCGAAGACUCCGUCAGCAGAAUCGAUCGAAGCCCAAGCUCACAUUGAAGCAUCCGGACGAGCGUAUUACAACGUCUCUGCCCACUUCAUCUGGAUCGGCGAUCGCACCCGACAGCUCGACGGCGCACAUGUCGAAUACUUUAGAGGCAUCCGCAAUCCAAUCGGAAUCAAGGUCGGACCGUCUAUGCAAGCAGAUGAGCUGGUACGGCUGCUCGACAUUGUCGAUCCAGACAAAGAACCCGGCAGAGUCACUCUCAUUUGCCGCUAUGGUGCAGACAAGAUCAACAUGUACCUGGCCGAGCACAUCCAUGCCGUCAGAAAAUCUCUUCACCCUGUCAUCUUUGCCUGCGAUCCGAUGCAUGGCAAUACAAAAACGAGCGAAUCCAGCGGAUCGCUCAAGACUCGGCACAUGGCUGACAUUGUCAAGGAACUAUCGGCAUCCAUCAGGAUACAUGCCUCGCUCGGCUCGAGGCUGCAGGGCGUCCAUCUCGAGCUCACCGGCGAAGUCAACUCGGACGGGUUCAGCGUGACAGAAUGCGUUGGUGGAUCUAUGGAAUUGUCGGAUGCUGACCUGUCGCUCAACUAUCAAUCCUUUUGCGAUCCUCGCCUAAACUAUGAACAGUCACUCGGUACGUAGCCUGCUGUCUCUUGACGUGAGACUGAGGUCACCAGCAGAUGUUGCAUUCCUCAUAUCUGACUACUUCAGGAGCGAGCGAAAAGGCCGGAAAACGGAAGACA